UCACAAUUGAUGAUACAGUAGCGUACGCACAUAGUAGUAAAUAGUUGAAACGAUACAUUCUGGCAAUAUACUAAAUCAACAUGAAGGAUCAAAGCUCCGUUAAGAAAAAUUCCAAGGCCAACAGGCACAAGCCUUUGAUGACGCAAAUCACAACAGAUGAACAGGUUGUCUCGAAGCCAUGGAAGGUGCCGAAGGAUCGUAAAAGACAAGAAACCGAGGAGUUCAUGGAUGCUAAGACUUCGCGCAAAAUUAUCGCCACUGCACGCGAACAACAGGCUGAAGUUAUGCGUGAAAUGCAGGGGGAUGCCGAGAAAAUGCCCAAAUCAUCACUACUUACGUCUGGACUGACGGGUGAAAAUGGAGAUGAUUAUUCGGAUACAGAGGCAAAUGAGGACUACGAUGACGAUGAUAAGUUUGCAAAUGACUACGAUGUGCACGAAGAUGAUGAGUGGGCUCUAAAACAGUUUAUGUCCAAAGAGCCAACGAAACGGUUCACACUGGCGGAUGCUAUUAUGGGCAAAAUCAGGGAGAGGGAGACUGAGAUUCAAACGGUUAUGUCGGAACGCACUGUGGGCCAGCUGACCACUAUGGAUCCCAAAGUAGAGGAAGUAUAUAAGACUGUCGGAGUGCUCUUAUCCCGAUACCGUUCCGGAAAGCUCCCAAAAGCCUUUAAAAUCAUCCCUUCUCUGCAGAAUUGGGAAGAAAUCCUAUUUAUGACCGACCCCGACAAUUGGACUGCCGCCUCCAUGUACCAGGCGACGCGUAUGUUUAUCUCCAAUUUAAACCCCAAAGCAGCCCAGCGAUUCUUCAAUCUGGUACUUCUACCGAGAUGCAGAGACGAUAUCGAAGAGUAUAAACGGCUCAAUGUACACUUGUACAAUGCCCUUAAAAAAGCCCUCUUCAAACCGCAAGUAUUCUUCAAGGGGAUUCUUCUCCCUCUCGCUGAAACCGGAGACUGUACCUUGCGCGAAGCUGUUAUUUUCGGUUCGGUACUGUCGAAGACGAGUGUGCCCAUGCUGCACUCCGCUGCCGCACUUUUGAAGCUGGCGGAAAUGGAAUAUACGGGUAGCACAAGUAUAUUCAUACGUGUGUUGUUAGAUAAGAAAUAUGCCCUCCCCUACCGAGUGGUCGACGCCAUGGUCUUCCACUUCGUACGUGCUCAAAAUGACAACCGAAUGUAUCCCGUGCUCUGGCACCAGUCAUUCUUGGCCUUUGUACAAAGAUACAAAGAAGAUAUUUCAUCCGAGCAGAAGGAUGCUCUCAUGCAAGUGAUAAAGAAACAUCCUCACCCGGAAAUGACUGAAGAUAUUCGACGUGAAUUGGUCAAUUCAAAAAGUAGAGAUUCCGCGAUACCCUUGAGCGAGAUGGAGAUGAUGGAGAGAUAAUUAUAGUAAUCUAGUAAUAAUGCCGUUCGUUGUUGUUCGGCUACAAUAUCAGGAAAUAAAUUUGAGGUUGUUGUAAUGCCG